AUGGCGGACGGAGCGAACGAUGAAGCAGUCGGGGACAACCCAGAACAAGCACCAAGCGAGGAAGUAGUUGGUGACGUUCCAUCACCAAAGAAGGCAAAGCGUAAAUCUGCUGCUGCUGCUGCUGCUGCUGGCAAGCGAAAGAGCAAAAGGGCUAGCACUCUGAAAAAGGAAGCUUCCAAGAAGGCGGUUGAUAAGGAACAGCAUGCUCCCGAUCCACCAGAAUCCGAAGCCUAUAGCGAGAUUAAGGAGCAACUGAACCAACGCUACAGUUUGGGAAGAAUCCCUGAGGCAGUAAAAACAACAUCGUUUGCCAAACAAGAUUUGGAGGUUGGACGAAAUCCCAAGGUUCUACUCAGCAAAAAGUCUUCCAUCUUGGCCAGCUCGGAUGAUCCCUUUGCCACGCGAGAGGGAAAGACUCUAUUGUGGCGAGAUAUCAACAUGGUCUUGUCAGGAAAGAAGGAUGGAGAGAAGGAUCGAUACCUGUUGGAGGGUGUGUGGGGGGAGGUGCCGCAGCGUAAAACGACUGCCAUUAUGGGUCCAAGUGGUGCUGGAAAGACCAGUUUGUUGAACAUUCUGGCUGGUCGAGCGGCAUCUCGGGGCCGGGUCAGCAUUCAGUCAGAAAUUCGUUUGAACAACUACGUUGUGGAUCCAAAAAAGAUUGAAGUUCGGCAACACAUUGCCUUUGUGGCCCAAGAUGAUUCGCUUCAAGUCACCGCCACACCACGCGAAUCCAUUUACUUUUCGGCCAAAUUGCGAUUGCCAAAAGAUACCCCUGAAAAGACUUUGAUCAAGCUCACCAACAAAAUGUUGCAAGAAUUGGGAUUGGAAAAGUGCGCGGAUACCUUCGUGGGAGGAGCCUUGCUGAAGGGUAUUUCAGGAGGAGAACGCAAACGUACUUCCAUUGGUGUCGAGCUGGUUGUCAAGCCAGCCAUGGUCUUUUUGGACGAGCCCACUUCCGGCUUGGAUUCCUUUUCGGCCAUGCAAGUGUGUCGGGUUUUGCAAAAAGUGGCCCAUGCUGGGUCCAGCGUAUUGUUUACCAUUCAUCAACCUGCGUCAGAUAUUUUCAAUCAAUUUGAUCAACUUAUUUUGCUGAAUAGGGGACGGGUCAUGUACCAAGGAGCCGUUGACGACAUUGAACCUUACUUUCAACAGAGGGGGCACCCAUUGCCACCUCGAUACAAUCCAGCGGAUUGGAUUAUGACUGUGGCACAAUCAGUUCCCUGGGAGGAAUUGAUUUCGUGUGGAUUCUUCCCAGAAGACAAACGCCAUUUGCCAGAUCCAGAUACCGAGAUUUUCGUCGAUGGCAAGGAUGCCUCCGGUCACCACAGCGAUGAAAUGGAUGAUAAGAGCUACAUCAGAGCUGGCAUAUUGACCCAGGUGCAUCUCUUGUACUCAAGAGAGAUCAGAAAUAUUACUCGGGACAAGGCCUCGAUUGGAGCUCGAUUCGGAUUGACUAUUUUCUUGGCCGUUUUGAUUGGAAUCAUUUUUUUGGACGUUGGAAACACGGACAAGGCCAAGCCACAGAAUUUGCAAAGCCAUUUCGGCGCCUUGAUCAUGGUGGUCCUCAUGAGUAUGUUUGGUACUGCCCAACCUGCCUUGUUGGCGUUCCCCGAGGAGCGUCCAGUUUUCCUUCGCGAAUAUUCCACCAGCCACUAUUCCGUCGUUGCCUACUUUAUGGCGCGACUUUCCAUGGAGGCUUCUCUUACGGCCCUUCAAGUCUUGCUUCUCCUGACGAUUGACUACUUUUUGAUUUCGCUGAAUGGUCCCUUUGGCAUCAUGUAUAUUGCUGUAUAUGCCUUGGCAAUGUCCAGUACCGCACUGGCGGUUCUAUUGGGUUGCGCUGUGGAAGAUCCAAAGUUGGGUCAAGAAAUGCUCCCCAUUCUGUUUGUUCCACAGAUGCUUUUUGCUGGUUUCUUUGUAGUACCCGAACUCAUUCCCGUCUGGUUGCGAUGGGCCCGAUACUUGUGCUCAUUGACCUGGGCGAUCCGUAUCAUCAUGGUGGAAGAGUUUGGAAACGGUUGUGGAGGUGGAGAAGCUGAUGCGGCUUGCGAAAGAGUCUUGAACUCUGUUGGUGCCUCCGAAGAUGAAACAUGGUGGAAUUGGCUGAUCUUGAUUGGAUUGUUUGUUGUCUUCCGAUUGGGGGCCUUGUUCAUUUUGCGACAAAAGGCACUCAAGUUUUACUAG